GUGGCCGUGGCGACCAACCCCACCCAUUAUGGCAACCCUUCGAGUGGCUGCGAGUCCGAUGAGGUCGCCGUUCGCGUCAGCGGCAUUUCGGGCGACUUCUGCAGUCCCAAGUGCACCAGCCAGGGCACUUGCCCAAGCGAUGUGCCCAGCGGCGACACUGCUACCCCCGAGUGCGCUCUGCGAACGACAACCGGCGACAAGUACUGUGGCCUGAUUUGCCAGGCUGACACGGACUGUGGCAAGGGAAGCUGCCAAAAGAUGAUGGGCAUCGGCCUGUGUACCUAUGAGUCAUCCGUGAAGGCCCUUCCGGCCGUGAUGACCCAGGUGGCCGUUGCGACCAACCCCACUCAUUAUGGCAACCCUUCGAGUGGCUGCGAGUCCGAUGAGGUCGCCGUUCGCGUCAGCGGCAUUUCGGGCGACUUCUGCAGUCCCAAGUGCACCAGCCAGGGCACCUGUCCAAAGGACAUGCCCAAGGGCGACACUGCUGUUCCAGAGUGCGCUCUGCGAACAACCACCGGGGACAAGUACUGCGGCCUGAUCUGCAGAUCCGACUCUGACUGCG